ACACCAAAAAGAACAAUAUAUAAAGUAUUCCUUUAAAAUUGUGUUUUUACUGAUCCACUCAAGCAGUAACAGACACUAUAUUGUUGGCAUUACUAUAUUGGCAUGAAGUUUCUAAAUCGACUGAUUCAUGAGCCAGUUAUUCCUAGGAAUGUCAUUUUUUCCAAGUGUAGAAACUACAUUAGAAGCCCUAAGUAAGCCUUAAGAUUAGUUUCUACAAGAAAGUUGCCUGAUGUCUGAAGCAUCACUAAACCUACCUUAUUAUGAAAGAGUCCCUUUAACUCAUUAUAUCAAUGUAGACUGGGUCAAGGAACUGGUUCACUUUCCUGUCUCUACUGAUGAUCUGUUUAUAGCAACUUAUUUGAAGUCAGGAACAACUUGGACCCAACAGAUAGUGUCACUCAUUCAGACUGGAGGAGAGGACAGCUCUGAGCAUGUAUUUAAUAAUGUGCCAUGGUUUGAAAUGCUUGGAAAAGAUGCAGUUAUGGCUCUACCAAAGCCAAAGGCUAUGAAAACCCAUCUCUCCUAUCACAUGAUGCCUGGGCGGGACCCAGCUGCAACUCCUGCUAAAUAUAUUUACGUUGCACGUAAUCCGAAAGAUGUUGCUGUAUCAUUCUAUUUUCACUGCCUUCGCUAUAAAUGCUACAAGUUUACAGGUAGCUGGAAUACAUUCUUUGAGCUGUACAUGAAGGGAGAGGUGGACUUUGGUCUUUGGUCUGAUCAUGUACUGGAGUGGUGGAGGCACAAAGAUGCUGAUAAUAUAUUGUUCUUGAAGUAUGAAGACAUGAAGAGAGACCUUACAAGUGCAGUACAAUCAAUAGCAGAUUUCAUGGGAUCCGAUCUUAAUGAAUCCAUCAUACAAAAGAUAUCAAGGAAAUGCUCUUUUGAGAACAUGAAAUUGAACCCUCUAGCAAAUCCUGAUGAUCUUCUAGAGGUAAAGGUCAAAAUUAAAAAUGAUGCCUCCAGUGGUUUCCUACGUAAAGGGGACAUUGGAGACUGGAGGAAUUACUUCAGCAGUGAGCAGUCAGUGAGGGUUGAUGAUGAGUUUGUUAAGAAAGUUGCUGAAAGUGGAUUGGAAUUUGAUUAUGACUGAAAACAUGAAAAAUAUUUGAACUUCUUUUAAU